UCAUGGUUUUAUUUGAGGAAGGUAUGGCUGGCGACCCUCGCACCAUCCUGCUAUUUGUCUCUUCGUAUGUUUUGGCAGGAAGGUGCGAGGGACGGCGGUUGGUCGUACCUUCCUCAGCCUCGCGUCCUUGUCAGGAACCAACGCGACCCACGACCUCGUGCCAGCCACCACACGGCUACAGCCUUGUGACGUCCAAGGUUACAUUUCCGAGAUCCGUAGGACGAACAACAUCAGUACAACCCUCAUGGUCCAUCUCCAACAUCAUAAUAACCCAUCCUCGCGAUGUCUAACCCAUCAAUAAUGCCACCCGGCUUCUCAGAGAAGAAGGAGCACGCCAGCGAAAGCACCAGCGCUCCACUUGCCGAUUCUAAACGAGACCAGCCUUUCAAUUCCCCGCAUCAAACAGACUCUAAUUCUGCGCCGUCUUCGACGCAAACUUCCUCUUCACGGCUUCAAACAGCGAAUAAUAUGGGUGUCCAGUCGCAGAUACAGGCCCGUGGCGCGGGUUCCGCCAGGAACAGGCCGUUCGCGGUUGCCCUCACGGUUGCUGUGGUUUUGUAUUUCGCGUUUACGAUGACUACGAGGGUAUUUGACUUCAGAGGUUUCACGUCUACGGCAUGCCAUCACCAAACGAGCAGUGAUGCAGCCCCAGCUGUGGUCGAGAAGGUGGGGAAGUUAGUCCCACUCGAAGCGCACGUUAUGAGCAAAUGUCCAGACACAAGGGCCUGCCUCCGCGAACUCGUCCUCCCUGCUAUGGAGCGCGUCAGCUCCAAGGUCGACUUCACACUUACCUUCCUCGGGCGCCCGACCGAGAACGACGGCGUGGACUGCAUGCACGGCCCGCCGGAGUGCAUGGGCAACAUCCUCGAGCUGUGCGCCGCCCACCUCUACCCCGAGCCGCGCAUCUAUCUCGGCUUCGUCAUGUGCCUAUCCAACGACUACAGGGAGAUCCCCGAUGAGGCCCUAGUUAAGGGCUGCGCGCUGGAGCACGCCGUCGACAUCCAGAAGCUGAAUGAGUGCGCGGGAAGCGCCGAUGGAAUGGGUAUGGGGUUGCUGAGGGACAGCGUGCAGAGGAGUAUCAAUGUGGGCGUCAGGGCGAGCUGCACGGUGAGAUUGAACAACGAGGUGUACUGCGUGCACGACGGAGAUUGGAAGAACUGCCCCAAUGGUCCGGGGGUGAAUGAUCUGGUUAUUGAGAUAGAGAAACUGUACCGCGAUUCUUGAGCGGCUCGAAGACGUCGAUCCAUAGCUCGCUAGACUCCCCAAGACCAUAUGUUAGGCUCACGCUGUCCAACCCAGCUUCCUCGCCGCCCGGCAUUGUCUCUAGCUGUGAGAUGAGGCUCUCGAAUCCGAUGGCCUUGCCCACUGCUUGCGUGGCGCCGGCUUCGAGAGCGACGUGUACGACGUGGAUGUGGAAGUGAUAGUACGUAGGCUGAUAAUGCAC